GCUAUUAUCUCCAGUUUACAGAUAAGGAAACUGGGGUGAGAGAGGUUAAGUGACUUGCCCAAGGUCCCACAGUUAAUAAGUGUCCGAGGCUAGAUCUGAAUUUAGAUCUUCCUGACUCGGCCUAGUACUCUGUCAUUUGUAGCACAUAGUGUGUGGUCAUGUGCAUAUAUUCCACUUAAUCCUGGUUCUUCCAAUAAGAAAGGGGAUACCAGCUAUGUCUUUUACUCUAGCCCCUGACUGAGCUUUGAACUUAGCCUCAUCCUGAGACCUGAAUGUAUUAGACCUCUGACCCCAACCCAGACUGAGGCCAGACCCUGGUAUCAGACAGUCCCUUAACCAUAGUCCCUGAAUGAGGCCUCACUGUGGCCUCAGAGUAGGCCCCUCUCCCUGCCACCAUCACCAAAAGUCCUGAUCUCAAAUUUGAGUCCUACUCCAUGCUCUCAACAGUGCUCUGACCCAAUACUGGGCACCAGCCCUCGCUCUGCCUCGAAAGGAGAUCUGAGCAAGGCCUCAGACUGAGCUCUGGUCCAAUCCCCUCAACUCAGAUGGAGAGCUGAUCCUGGGCUGAGCCCUGACACCACGAGUUCAAGGCAUCUAGUCCGACGUAUCUGCCAAGUGUUCGAGUGUCUGCUUGAAGACUCCUAGUGAGGGAAGGACCAGCCUGUUCUACCUGGGGCUAGCUCUCAUUGUUGGCCUGUCUGUGCCUUUGCGGCCUCCCCCAGUCUACUGUCCUGCAGGCUAAACUCCAGCACUUCCUUCCCUUGCUCCUCACAGCCUGUUGCUCUUCACCCUCCUUUGCAUUUUCUCCAACUUCUCAAUGACUACCCUAAAAGGUGGUGCCCAGAAUGUCCCCAGUCCUCCCACAGGGCCUGUCACACUCCCCCCCACCCCCAUUCUGCUAUUCUAAAUGCUGCUGCUGAUUCUACUUGACUCCUAUUGACCUUGUUGAUGGUCAUACCGAGGUUGAAUUUUUGAUCCUAAGUGUGGGUCUCCCAACACCAGAUAAGUCUGAUCUGGGCCCCAGGCUCAGUCCUGGCAGCAGACUUGAGGCCAGACCCCUGCUUCGGAUAUUCCCUGACCUUUGUCCUAGACUGAGUCCAGACCCCAGAAUGAUGCCUGGCCCUGAGGUUUGGUUUGGGAGUAAGAACUGAGCCUGUUGUGGAUUCAGCUCUAACCCUGGCUGAAGAAGGAGGCCUGGCCCUGGCAUGGAGAUGCCCCACCUCAGAUUGAGCCUUCACCCCAGACCAAACCUUGCCUCUGGUUCUGACCCCACAGUGAACCCUGACCCCUGACCCUGGAUAGAGAGAGGCCUGAGGCCAGGUUCAGUAUUGUCCCUGACUCCAACUUCAGACUGAGCCUUCUUCCUUAGCACUGUAGCCCAGCCCCUUAACCCUUUGACCUUCAUAAUGCUGACCUCAGAAAUUCUCUGAUGAUAAUCUGGAUUUCAGGCCUAACUCGAGCUUCCUCCUCACUCCUUUUGCUUUUAGGCCUCACUUUGUCCUUCCCUUCACAGUAGGUCCCAAGGAUGCAUUGUCUUCCCUUGACCCUUUGUCCAUGGGAUGUUCAUGUGGCUGGGGCCUCAGCCUUGUGUCCCGCUCACCAUCUGGCCGUAGCACUCCUCCCAAGCUGCUGAGCACUGGAGGAAGUUAGACAAUGAUUUGGACUCUAGAUCUCCCACCAAUUCCUGUUUUCUUGUUUCAAUGAGGGGGAGCCUGCACUGACUGCAUUUCCUCCAGCCCCCCCUUCCUCCUCCUCCUACUCUUUGGCAGAGGACAAAGUCUCUUCCUUUAUGGAGAAAAUUCAUCUCAUUUUUAUCUCCCCCACUUCUGGAGGAAGAGGCGGUCUCUCCUUCCUAAGGCCAGUCCCUCAAUUGCCAGCCUCAAUCCCUUCUCCAGGCCUCCCUGUCUUGUCCAGCUUGGUACUUUGCGCUCUCCCUCCAGUGGGUCCCUGUCUCUGAUUUUAACUCCUUGUGAUGGGAGCCACAAAGUGGGUCAGUCUCCCCCAGAGUUAAAACAAAAACAACCUUCAUUUGAUCCUCCCAUCCCCUCCAGCCACAAUGCCAUAACUCUUCUCUUUCCUAGCUAAAGUCCUAGGAAAAGUCCAUAGUCACUCACGCUACUUCCACUUCUUCUGGCAUUGUGGCUUCAUGAAAUAACUCAGUGGCCUUUUCUAGGCCCCUUUCUCCCUUUGCUCUCUCCUUGUUGCAGGCUCUGUACUGGCUUGUCUUCUCUCCUUUCUCUCCCAUCUCUUUUUUUUUUUUUUUUUUUGGUGAGACAAUUGGGGCCAAGUGACUUGCCCAAGGUCAUACAGCUAGUUAAGUGUCAAGUCUCUGAGGCUGGACCUGAACUCAGGUCCUCCUGAAUCCAGGGCCAGCACUCUAUCCACUGCACCACCUAGCUGCCCCUCCCAUCUUCUCUUUACAGGUGAUUUAUAAAUCUUUCCAACUCUGACCCUCAUUCUCUUUCUUGAACUCCAGUUCUGCUGGACCUCACUUAAAUGGCCUAUUGGCAUCAGUGCCAACAGGUCCCAAAGAGACCUUCCCCUUCCUCUUGAAGUCAUUAACUUCUCUCUACUCAGCCCUUUUCUUGGACACCGGUAAUAGCCUCUACAUUGGUCUCCUUUCCAAUCUGUCCUCCAUACUGACCAAAAGAAGUACCCAAAGGCCUAGGCCUGCCUCAGCCUCCAUCCAAUAUUCUUUCGUGUCCUACCUCGCCUCCUCACCUCACCUUUGUCUUUUUUGUGAUGUCCCACCUUCCAUCCCCACACCCUUGACCAGGUGGGCCUCCUCUGUCCCCCUUCUCAGCUCUGGCUUUCUGAAGCUUCCACUUGCUACAAGGCUCAGUUCAGUUCCUCUGGGAAACCUUGGAUCUCUCCAGGCCUCUCAGCUGAACUUGAAUCGAUUCAGUGGACUCCUGGUUUGGUUUUUGUAAUGCCCUCAGCACCCAGCACAGGGCCUCACCCCUAGCAGGCACUUAGCCAGUGUUUCUUGAAGUGAAUUGGUUGUGAGCACCAUUGUUCCUAGUCCUGCACUGAGUCCUUGGCCCCGGCUUUUGUGGGGAGAGAUGCUGCAGGGGAAGAUCGUGGAGCCGGGAAAAGCCACCCCGGUAGCCCUGCUUUGCCAGCCUCUCCCUCCUCCCAUCGCCCAAGGACUCUUCAGGCAGAACACUGCCCUUGUGUCUAAGGCUCUUGGGAACUUUUCAAACAGAUUGACCUUGUGAAAGGGAACCUGAGGGAGGGGGAGAGAGCACAGAGUGGGACAGCAGGCCUGGGCAAAGGCAAGGUAGGUGGCUAGGGGCUCAGGGCCCCACUGGGUACAGGACCGAUUCUAGCCUUCUUCCUCCAGUUCCUUCCUCCUUGAGGCCUGGCUUCCUCUUUCCCUGCUGAGUCAGGGGGUUGACCCAGAGAUGGGGGCAAAGCGGAUGGAGGCAGGGCUUUAAAACCUGGGAGUUCCCUCCUUCCCUUCCAACUGGUCACCAUGGCCUUCAGCCCCAACUGUCCUAGGCUCCCCAAACCGCUGCUGCUGCUGCUACUCCUCAUCUUCCUUUCACCCCAUGGGGCAGGUAACCUGGACCCUGUCCCUUGCAGAGGCCCAGUCUUCCUCUUCUUCCUCUCUGCCCACAUUCCCUUCCAGAAGCUCCUGCCUUCUCCCCAGUUGUCCCCCUUGCAGUCUAGUCUCCCCAGCUCUCCCAGUAUAGGUGACGUGUGCGCUGUGUUCUCUGGCGUAGGCAGGGAGACUGGGCGCUGCUUCUCCAACUUUGAGGAGGCUUCCAGCCAAUGCCAAGGGCUCCUGGGCGAGGGUGUCAGCAAGGAUGCCUGCUGCCUCAAUGCUGCCCACGGCUUCCAGAUCCCAGGGAGCCAAAUCUGCCAGGCCUGCGGGGCCCCUCGAUGGUCACCGUGGUCGGCCUGGUCCCCGUGUUCUGUGUCCUGCACAGAGGGCUCCCAGCUGCGGCAUCAACGGUGCCUGGGCCAGGGAGGCCUGUGCCCCGGGGAGAUGCAGCCUGGGAGCCUUCGUUGGGAGCUCCAGGCAUGUGAGAACCAGGACUGUUGCCCAGAGGCUGGUGGUUGGUCUGCCUGGGGUCCGUGGACUGUGUGCUCUGUCACCUGUGCCCAGGGUUUGCGGAGCCGCCGAAGGACCUGUGACCGCCCAGUCCCAAAGUGUGGGGGCAGCUGCUCUGGUGGGGAAACUGACACUGAGCCAUGUGAUACAGAAACCCUUUGUCCCACACAUGGGGCCUGGGCAGCCUGGGGGUCUUGGGGACCCUGCUCAGCUUCGUGUCAUGGGGGAGCCCAGGCCCCUACCCAACACAGAAGCAGAACAUGCUCUUCUCCAGCCCCCUCAGUCCAGCCCCCAGGGAACCCCUGUCCUGGCCAGGCCUAUGAGCAGCGGGGCUGUGAGGGUGUCCCACCAUGCCCUGUGGAGGGUGGCUGGGGCCCCUGGGGGCCUACUAGCCCCUGCUCAGUGACCUGUGGCCUGGGUCGGAUCCGCGAGCAGAGGUUGUGCAACCACCCCCCACCUCAGCAUGGAGGUGCACCCUGUGCUGGAGAUGCCACCCGUGAUGGCCUGUGCAUCACAGGCCAGCCUUGCCCAGUCGAUGGUCACUGGAGUCCCUGGGGGGCCUGGGAGCCAUGUGCCCGGCUCCCAAUCUCCAGCAUCGCGUGUCAGCAUGUGCCAGGCCAGCAGCAGCGCUCUCGGGUGUGUGAGGGUCGGCUGCACAAUGGCCGGCGGUGCACGGGCCGCUUCCAGGAGACCCGUCAUUGUUACAACAUUCACCUGUGCCCCUUGGAUGGCUACUGGACAGCCUGGGGGCCCUGGGGGCUCUGCACGCCCCCUUGUGGGCCCUCUCCCACCCGCUCUAGACAGCGUCUCUGCACUGCCAAGUUGCCUGCUUACCCGCCCACAGUGACCAUGGUGGAAGGCCAAGGUGAGAGGAAUGUGACAUUCUGGGGAAGCCCAAGGCCCCGAUGCUCCGAGCUGCAGGGGCAAAAGCCCUUCCUCCUUCCCACUUCUCUUUCCCCUUCCCAUCACACACAUUUCAUCCCUCCCAAAUACCCACUCUGCCAGUGCCAGGACCCAGAGAUGGGCAUUGAAUUUGGAGACAUGAGACUCUGCCACUGAUUGGCCUCAAUUUUCCCCACUGUCAAAUGAAAACAGUUGCACCUGGUGGUUUCUUCGACCCUGUGUUGUUCCGGUGUUUUCCAGUACCCUGGCCAAGGUUGGCCAUCAGCACAUGUGCGUGUUGAUAAGGGAUCAAGGCAUCAUAUUUUGAACUGGAAGGGGCCAUUUAGAAGAGUCCAACCCCAAUUUGGGAUUGGGUCCCAGACCUCCUGACUUCCAGGGCUCUGUUCAGUGCACCAUGCUGGGGUCAUUAUCAUUCUCCUCAUUUUAUAGGUGAGGAAACUGAGGCAGGAAUGCCAUGCCCACAGUCACAUAGCUAGUAAAGGCUGGAGUCAGGACUCAGGAGAGGUCUUUUGGUUACAGGUUGUUGUCUCAUUAGGAAGAUUCCUCUGAGGCCUGUCACCAGCCCUGGGGAAGCACACUGGGAGUAGAGACAGCAGGGUGAAGUUGGGAAGAAUUUUGGAUUGGGAGUUGGAAAACCCCAGAUGAAAUGGUGGCUUUUGCAGCUUAGGCAAGCCCCUUUCCCUCUAGGAUUUUUUGGUUUCCUCAUUAACAAAACCAUUGGCUUGGAUUAGAUCUCUGAGGGCCUUUUUAGCUCUGAACAGUUGGAUCCUGUGUGGCUAGCCACAGGAGGACAGAGGUUUGUGUUCCUAGUGUUUAUAUAUGCAUUUAAUCUCUUCCCAAUCCCAGGAAGUGCAGGGACACAUUCUAAUUUCCUCUCGAAUCCUUAGUUCCCUUGUCCUGUCUUAAUCAGUGGUCAAAAAAUACACACUGACAAACUCAAAGCAGGAAUUACAAACUAUUAACAACCAUAGGAAAGAAUGUUCGAAAUCACUAAUAAAGGGAGAAAUGCUCAUGGAAGCACCUCUGUGGUCUUAUGUGACACCCAACAAAUUGGCAAAGAUGCCAAAACAUGAGAAUAGUCAAUGUUGGAGAAACAUAGGCAUACUGGUGCAUUUUUGGUGGGGCUGUGACUCAGUAUGACCAUUUUGGAAAGUAAUUUAGAAUUAUGUAAAUCGAGUGACUAAAAAAUACACACCCUUUUGGACCCAAAGAUUAUACCCCAAGGAGGCCAAAGAUAAGUAGAAAGUUCUCACAUAUUCAAAAAAAUCUAUAGCAGCAUUUUAUGUGACAGCAAAAAAUGGAAAGCAAAGUAGAUAGAUGUCCAUCUACUGGGGCAUGGCUAAACAAACUGGUAUAUGAUGUCAUGGAAUCUUAAUGUGUUGUAAGAAAUGAUGAGAGCCCAGAAAACAAUGUACACCUUCCCUAACACUCACUCUUCUUUCCAUGGAUAUGAAACAUUGUAUAAUUGUCAGAUGUUUUAGAUAUAUUGAUUGGUUUUGCUUAUUUUUCUCUUCUUCCUCUUUUUCUUUAAAACAUAUUAUGUUAUAUGGGAUAGUUCUCUGGGAGUUGCGGGAUACUGGGAGAAAUUCUGGCGAGGUUA